AUGGAUUUGUCUCUUGACGACUACGCAAAGAAGAAUCAGAUCUCUUCUCGAGGAAGGAGAGGCGGAGCUCCUUUCAACAAAGGCAAUGCUGGUAACAAGACCAUGCCCUCAAGAAAGAACCCCACACCACAGAACAGACGUGGUGGCGGACGAGGUCGAGGCGGUGCCAGAUCUCGCGGAGGGGCCGUUCAAAAACGUCAGAGCAACGGGCGAGGAAGCCCUACCAAGGCCUUCCGAGGAGGCGGGCGUGGAGGCAACGCUGGAAUGUCUGAAGCUGCCGCCCGCCAAAAACUUUUACAAGCGAAGAGAACGCUUCAAGCUGCGAUCAAGGAAGCUGCCAAGUACGCCAAUCUUGUUGGAAAUUCGGGGGCUUCGAUGAUGCCUUCGCGCACUGGAAGACAAGGAAUGCAAGGAAACAGACGUAACGCGAACAACUACCUCGACAGACUUGAAGAAACAAACGGAACAUCCUUUUACAACAACGGCGGCAACCAAAAUCAACGAGGAGGAACUCGCGGACGAGGACGCGGCCGGGGUCGAGGCCGCGGUGGCUACUAUUAG